AUGCGAGACGGAUGGAAUAAUAAUCCUACUGCUCGCCAGCUUGAGACAUCUUAUAAUCGUUGCCUUGUGAACCUCAAUUUGAAAAGCCCUGUUACUGGUAACUGCAUUCAAGAUGAGGAAAUGCCAAUUCUUGACUGCAGCAGCCGAGAGAAGAAAAAAAAAGAAGUACUUGAGAGCGAACCUAACUAUGAAGACAAACUACAGUUUAAUUUUGAGGAAGGUAGCAUUUUCCUAGAUCACAUAUAUGAGUUGAGGCCUGAAGAACUGACUCCUCUCACCAAAAUUAUAUGUGUUCACAUCAGUGGCUUCGUCGUUAAGCGACUGAUAGAAACUUUAAAAUGUCCUGCCUGCACCGUUGCACUGAAAGAGGACCCAGUUGAAAAGGAUAGACUCUUAGUAGACAAGAAAAAUGAAGGUGGACUGAUAAUUCCGGGCAAAAUAGUUGUGGAUACUUAUUGUUUUUCAUUGCGAGAAAGUUGUACGACAACUUUCGGAAACAACUGGAAAAAAAUUCAUGAGGCUGAAAUGCACUACGGCUCAUCUAUGUGA